AUGGAUCGGUUUCCACUGUACUUCUCUCUCUUGUUGGCGUUCCUACUUUAUGAUGCUCAACCAGCAGCUCCAGCAGGCUGUGCAGGUCCCCCCGUGCUGUGUUGCUCCGGUACGAACAGCUCCUGCUCCAGACAAUGUUUCUGUGAUGCGGGCUGCUUGCAACUUGGCGACUGCUGUCCUGACUACAUUUCAACCUGCAAGAAACCUUUAACCACUGCACUUCCAACCACACCCAGCACAACAAGCAGCAGUAAUACAUCUACACUGGCAAAAAAUAUCACAACUUCUUCCUCCACUGUCUCGUCAGCACCCAAUGAAACAUCUACACUGAUGGAAGGAAGUACAUUGUCAGCAUCUACUGUCUAUGCUACUAUAGCAACGAGCCAAACAAACAGCAGCUCAACACCAGCAGAUAACAGCACAACUUCACCAGUCUCCCCAGCAGAUAACAGCACAACUUUACCAGUCUCCCCAGCAGAUAACAGCACAACUUUACCAGUCUCCCCAGCAGAUAACAGCACAACUUUACCAGUCUUCCCAGCAGAUAACAGCACAACUUCAUCAGAUGUGAGCACAAACGUAGCCUCCAUAAUGUCUGCUGCUACAGCAACCAUGACAGUGGCAGUACUAUAUCUACGCAAUUAGAUGACCUCACCACUUCA